GGUUUGGUUAUAAGAGUAGUAAUUGGAACUACACAGUCUAGUUAAAUAUCCGAUCUAUAUCUGCGUGGUUCAUUUUAUUUACGAGCGAUUUUAGUGGUGUUUAUUGAAGCUGUGUACAAGUGUUUACAACAGAAGUUUUACAGUGUUAUAUCAUGGAUGAAUCUAUGACAGAUGGGUCAUCAGGAAUGCAAACAAUCUCUCGUUUGGAUUUCUACAACAGUAUUCAGCAGCAGGAGGCUCCAAAUUUCAAUGAAAAAAUGGACUUAGCUGAUCAAAAUUUGUUAUCAAGAAAUCAAUAUACCGAAGAACUAAAAACAGUAUACAAGCGUCAAAUGUCGAGGUUGAAAGCUAUUUUUAGAAAAAUGUGGUCGUCUUCAUCCAGAACUCAUGAAAUAUUUAUUAAGAAGCAUGGCCCUUGGCUGCAAGGGAGUUUCCAAAUACCGGGUACCCCAUCCACUCCAUCAUCAGCCGGACGACCAAGAAAAAGUUUUGUCGAUUCUAGUGAACGUUCAAAGAGGAGAAAAACAGAACAGCUCAGGAAAGAUGUGGAACCAGAAGCUAUUGUUUUUGCAGCUGAAACUUGUUUGACAACAAGUGGCAAAAGAAGUGCUGCAACCGUCCUCAAAGAUCUUAAAACAUCUCCCAAACGAGCGGGAAAGUAUAAAAAAGCCUAUCGCAGCAGUCUUGAACCUACAAAAAAAUCAUUGACACCGUUAGAGGCUCUUUUAAUAUUUACUGACGCAGGCCUAACAAAAUCUCAAUAUGAAAUCGUACGUACAAGUGACAAGAAGCAAUGGCCCUGCUACAGUAUUUUGGUCGAAGAAAAAAAAACAUGCUAUCCUGAUCCUGAUUCGCUCACAGUCACAGAAGGUUUAGCUGAAGUAGACUUACAAAGUCUGUUAAACCAUACUGCCAAAAGAUUGGUGUUGUAUUUAGAAGAAGUUAUCAAGACUCUAACGGAAAGUGGGCGUAAACAUAUGAAAUUAUCUACGAAAUGGGGUUGUGAUGGCUCCCAGCAGACACAGUUUAAUCAAAAGUUUGAGGAUGACUCUAAUUCUGAUGCCAGCUUGAAACUAACUCAACUUCAAGACAUAGUAGUAGAACAUGUGAUGAUGUUAACUAUGAUUGACGGAAAAGUCUGUAACGCAGCAACCACCACUAAAUCGACCAUGCGAUGUUAUAUUUGUGGGGCAACAUCAAGACAAUUUAAUGAUUUGGACAGAACAUGUGUUGACAAUCAAAGCAGCUACAAAUUUGGACUAUCCAUUCUGCAUGCUAGAAUACGGUGUUUUGAAAGUCUUCUUCACCUAUCAUAUAAAUUGCCUGUAAAAAAAUGGCAGAAAAGGCUGAAUGAAGAUGAGACUCAUCUCAGAUAG